UGUAAACGAUUGCACCCAAUGAUUUCAUUUCUGGAUUGCCCCGGCCCCAUAUCCAUAUUUUUUGCCGUCAUGAUAUAAUUCUUCCGGAGCACACGCAAAUGGAUCACCCUUCCUCCCUUUAUAAUUGCAUAUCAUCAUCUAAUCGGUCAUCGCAUCCAUCCCCCCCUUCCAGCUUUAAGCCUUGACCUCUACCUGCUUCUGUUUCUUGAUUCAAGUACCCUGCUCACUGAGCAGACUAAUUGUCUUCAGUUUACGACCACUCCACUGAUAUCAUGGGCCAUUAUCUACCAAUGUUUGAUUCUUCACUCAACACAGGCGCCGCAGGGUUCACUUCACCAUCGAACUCUGCUUCUUCUUCUCCUUCUCUUUUGAAUACCCACCCCGAUGCCCAUCUAAUGCAGGCGCCAGAUCAACGCGCAAUGAAUUCCAUCGCUAUGCCAUCAAGAGGAUCACCAAUAAUGCAUAGCAAUGGUUCCUCCCAACGAACUACACCUUCCUUCCAACCUCGUACGCCUUACGCUACUGAUCGUACCCCUGCACACGGUCAAUCUACCUUUGUCCCUCGCUUUAAUCCAUCAGCCAUCGGGUUAAGUACAUGCAAAAAUUUGUCGAGGCCUUUGACCGUGCAGGAGCAAGAAAAUCUCCUUCAUCUGGACAACCUCAAGUAUUUUCUCGCUACUGCGCCUUCGCGGUGGUCAUCGACCGCUUCUGGUUCAGCAAAAAACGAUUCAUUUCCCAUAGACUCCUCCGGCCAUCCAGGCGCUUCACAUCCCUCUAUGAACCGUUUCCUUCUCCCUUCUUCGGAAUAUGUCACCUGUAUCUCGUGGAAUAAUCGUUACCAUAUAACGGGCACAGACAUUGUCCGUGCGCUAGUCUUCCGCUUUGAGGCAUUCGGGAGACCCGUCAGGAAUAUGAAAAAGUUCGAGGAAGGUAUUUUCAGCGAUCUGCGAAAUCUAAAGCCCGGAGUUGAUGCCUGCCUGGAGGACCCCAAGUCACCAUUUUUGGAUCUUCUUUUCAAGUAUCAGUGCAUACGCACGCAGAAGAAGCAAAAGGUGUUCUAUUGGUACGCGGUACCUCACGACCGCCUUUUCCUGGAUGCCCUCGAACGCGAUUUGAAACGCGAAAAGAUGGAUUGUGAACCGACCACUGUCAUCGUUGGUGAACCUGCCCUCUCGUUUACGUACGAGUCGCAGCGUAGCCUUUACGAACAAUUCAGCAAGGCACAGAGCACCGUGGAAGCCGGCGGCGACGUCAUCAGAAGUUUUGACGGAUCCCAAAUGGAUGGGAAACGUGACACACGCGGAUCAACACCGACGAUUUCACGUGCGGUGGCCAUGCAUAACUCUAACUCGGGGGAGUUGCAUCUUAGUAACUGUCGCAUUGAUGGCGGAGGCGUCGCGCAUCUUCCCUCAGCACUGCAUGGUCCCGAUAUGGCGUACCUGCCCCUUUCUAUUUUCGAGGGUUCUCCCACCUAUAAACAACGCCGCAAAAAGCCAGUCAGCCGACCGAAUGUGGUCACGCGCAGUAAUUCAGAAGAGAGUAACCAUACUCACAUUCCCGCAUACGACGUCGGUGUUGGCUAUGGACCUAGUGAUUCCGGCAUGACGGCAGCUGAUAUGUUCUCCUCUCAAGCGAGGGGUGAACAAGACGUUAGCGUGAGACGCACGAAGGCUAUGCUACAAGCGCAUGAUAACGCGAUAUGGUCUAGUGCGCCGCAACUCCCUUCAGCGCAGUCUUCUGUCACCCUCCAAAAUGGAUCGGUGCCAGCCUUCGCGCAGUCAUCAAUCAAGGAACCCGUGCAAUCUCAUCUCCAUCCCUUUUCGGAUAAUUCUUCGCUACCUGCAUUCCCUUCUAAUGUUGAUCCUACCGCCGCCGGAAUGACCUCGAGGGUAUUCGUUUGCCCCCUCUACUCGUGUGGCCGCCUGUUUAAGCGCAUGGAGCACUUAAAGAGGCACGUCCGCACGCACACUAUGGAACGGCCAUUCGUGUGUGACCGUUGCAACAAGCGCUUCUCUCGGUCGGAUAAUCUCAACCAGCAUCUUCGUAUUCACGCACGUACGGAAGGAGCUGACUCAGCUUCCGUUGAUGUUGCACUCGAUGCUGAUAUGGAAAACGAGGAUGCAGAUGACGGCGAUGUUGCUUUUUCUGCGGCUUUCUCCUUUGCAGAGGGUGGCUUACAUAUGGAGACGUGUGAAAUGGAACUGCAAGGCCAGGUGCAAGACGUGCAAGGCGAUGAAGAGGGUCUAGUUGCAUUGUCUGGAGUUUCCUUUGGCAUGGAAACCGACCCCAGCUCAGACGGUGGGCUCGGUAACAGCUAUUUCUUGCAAAGCGUUACUGGGAACCACUCCGGGUACGUUGAGUCAUCGGAGAUGACCUGGGCAAGUCCUUUUGUGGGCUCUCCGUCGUUGGCUGCAACAUGUAACGGAGAACCGGUUAUGGGGUCUCUUUCAAGUUCGUCUCAUAGACAGGAUUUUGCCCUGGACAACAUGUCUCUCCACCGAUCUGUUGUAACGCCCUCAGAGGUUGGACCUCACAGACGUCACAGAAGCGCAACACCAUCUCAUUUACGCUCGCAUUCUGUAUCCAGCAACUCCAGCCGAAACUAUCAUCCCUAUGCAGCAUCUCACUCGCGCGCCAGUUCAAACCACUCCAGCCCAUCCGUUCUCUCACAGUCUCUUGAUAGUUUGGUUCCCUCCCAUGCCAUGUCUUCUGGUGACGCCUUCAGAGCCACACAGCCGCGUUCAUUCUCAGCGCCUUCCUUGAGUCCGAGCCAAGACUUGCAUGGAGCGCUUGACAUCGCCGGCCUCAACUUCGAUGGCAUCUUCUCCAACGCUAUGGCGCUAUUUUCAGAAUCUGGUGCCUUUGAGCUUUCGCACGCAUACCCUGACCCCAUCUUCGAAUCAAACACAUUGUCAAUCUAGACGCCUGAGUCGGAAUACCGUAUACUUCUUGUUUGUCAUCAUAAUUCACCUUUACUCAUUUUUUCUACCUAUAAAUGUAUCGAUAAUUCUAUUUAUCACUCACGACCUAGUACAUACUAUAUACCACCAGGAUUUCGUAUUGUUAUUGGGCUCUGUGGACUUGAUGUACAGGUCGACUGUCACGUCCCCCGAGUCCUCGCUUACGAGCCUCAUGUGUGCCAUUUUCUUGUAUCACAUAUAUGAUUUGAUCACGACUACUUCACUCUACUUCACUAUUACCGAUCCUGCUUGAGAUAUCUAUAUGCAUGGGGCUACGCGUAGCUUGUCGAUAUUCCAAUUUCCGUCACUAUCGAUAUUGUCAGUGCAACAAUUAAUCAACUACUUCGGGCUCAUGAACUCUCCGAGCUGAUUAUUCCAUUCUGUCUGCACCAUCUGCUGGCGACGAGUUG